UGUAAACUUCCGGUUAAUCCAGAAAUGCAAAAAAUAAUUAAAUAUUCUAAUUUAGUGAAUUGUGAUGCAUUAAGUGUAGAAUAAAUUUAAAUUUAAUAAGAGAUAGUGGCUGUUGGUAUUAUUGGAAUCAUUUUCUAAUAACAAACACUGUACCAGGAUAGUCCAGAUGUAAAAUGUAGGCAGAAAUAUAUAUUGGCGUUGGCGCUGUUGCCUUGGUGAUAAUGGAGAUCCCAGUCAGCAUAGCAGUGUCCAACCCACAAACACAGUCUACUGAAGAAUACAUUCCAAGUAACAUACAGUUACCAAAGCAGCUUGAAUCUGUGAAGGUAGCUCAGGUUCUACCACGAGCGAGACAUCGCUGGAACACCAAUGAGGAAAUUGCUAGCAUAUUGCUGGCGUUUUCUCGCCAUACAGACUGGCAAAAUCAUGAGGUGAAGCAGCGACCACCCAGUGGCUGUAUGUUCCUAUUUAACCGGAACAGUGUACGCUACAGGAAAGAUGGUUAUUGUUGGAAGAAACGGAAAGAUGGUAAAACUAUACGAGAAGAUCAUAUGAAACUUAAAGUUCAGGGCUUAGAAUGUAUUUAUGGAUCAUAUGUUCACUCAGCAAUUCUCCCCACAUUUCACAGGCGCUGUUAUUGGCUACUACAGAACCCAGAUAUAGUUUUAGUACAUUAUCUCAACGUCCCAUACCCUAACAACACGAAGCUUAGCAUUCCAGUGAUGAAUUUUGCCAUGGAGAAAAAAGAAUGGACCAAGGAGGAAUUGGUGGAGCAGCUUAAACCAAUGUUUUCCAGCAUUGAUGGGGAGUCUUUACCUGUGCUGGAUGAGACAAUAUUGACUUUGGUUCAACGGCUAAUGGACAACCAGGACAGGUUCAAAGUUGAGCCUCAAAUCUGUGGUUCAAGUUGCCAACCUCAUACUUCACUAUCGGCCACCAGUGGGUACAAGCCUCUGCCAGUACUGCCAGACAAACAUGAUCAUAGAUUUGUUCCCAGCACUCUCCCUCAUCCCUCCGGCACCCUCCCUCAUCCCUCCGCAACCCUCUCUCAUCCCUCCACAACUAUCACACAACAAACUCACACCUUACAAAACCCACUGAAUCUUGCUCAAGGUCCACUGAUAUUGAACAUUGGAAAUCUAGGGGGUGGUCAAAUGAUGCUAGUGGCCAGUCAGAAUGAUGCGUCUCAGUUAUCGAUUUUAACAAAUACUACAAACUCUGGGCAGCUACCGAAUAUAGAAUCAAGGGAGGUCACUCCACAACUAACGAGAGAAAUGAGUUCGCAGGUUAGAGAUGUAUCAACGCAGGUGUUAUGUAGGUCGGUUUCAUUGUGCGAGCCGAAUGACUCUAUUAACGCAAGUAUUAUGGCUCGUUCACAAAGCCACGAUAGUUGUAAUAAUGUGACUGUGAUUCCAUCUCAUAAUAUCAAUUUUACACAUCAGCAGGGGCAAAGUCAAACUAAUGGUUUUCAUAAUAUGGGGACAAUACAAGGUACAUCUGAUAUACAACAGAUGGACACCAAGCCUGAGGAAACAAAAUCUAACUUAAACCCAGUUGAAAAUUCUUUCGUACAAGCAAAUAUCCAAACCUCAGAGACAAAUAACUUCACUAGUCUGUUUUCAUCGAAUAAUUCUAACAACAAUUCUAUGGUAAGCUCAUUGUUAGAUGAAAUAAGUGGUGCAGACUUCCUUACUGCGGACAAGUUCUCGCCAAUGGAAGAAAACAAGAAAGGUUUUGGUCAUUUAGGAGACAGCUUCGAGAGUCUGCAAGGAACAUUCAAUACUUUACAAGGAUCUGAUUUAAACCUAGACCAGUUAGAUCUAAUAGACAUGCCUGAGCUAGAAAGAAUGUGCAGUGUCCUUACGAACUCUGGGGACAUUGCUGAACUCCCUGCAAACAUGGAAAUGAAUACUAAUCAGUGCCAAAAAUCACAGAAUCUUGAAAACCAGAAAGUGGGAAGUAUUUCCAUGACUCAAACCAAUAUAGGCAAUCUCAAUGCAAAUAAUUUCUCUCGUAAUAGUAGUGAACAGAGAGGGAGUAUAGGUACAGUGAAUAGUGAUGUUGAUUCUAGUUGUGUGACCUGUGGUACCUCAAGGUCACAAGGUCAAGGUCAGGAUGGAGAACUGCCACCUAUGGGAGGCAGGGGAGAUAAUUUAGUGCAUACAACAAAGACACCAUGUACAAUAGCAACAAUUACAGAUUUCUCACCUGAUUGGGCCUACGCAGAGGGCCAGACGAAGGUGUUAGUAACGGGACCAUGGCAUUCUAAUAUGGGAAACUAUACAGUAUUAUUAGAUGGAAAAAUAAUAGCCACCACUCUUGUUCAACCAGGUGUUCUCAGAUGUUUUGUUCCAAGUCAUCAUUCUGGUCGUGUAACAUUACAAGUCUCGUGUGAUGGGACGGUCAUCUCUAACAAUGUCCAGUUUGAAUACAAGGAUAGACCAAGUGAUUCACUCAGCGAUACAUCCUCAUUGGUCCUAGAUUGGUUCUCUGUUGACGAUUGUAAGCUUAUAGAACAGUUGUUAACAAAGUUAGAGAGGAUAGAACUUGCCCUCAGUAAGGUCCCUGAUUCUCCUAACAUUAAACAGAUAACCAGUAAUUUGUCAAGUUUAGCAGAUAUGGACACGUGUCUGACACAACAUUUAGAAUCUCUCGCAUCUCGACUGUGGACGUCAAAUGAUUUAUCUGUAGAGAAUGGAUCUAUGGGACUCAGUCUCCUACAUCUUGCCGCCGGGCUUGGAUACCACUCCUUCAUCACUUUUCUUAUCAAAUGGAGGAAUGAGAAUCCAAGUUGGUUAUUGGAGUAUGAAGUAGAUGCACACAGUACAGAUCUGAACUCUUGUACACCACUCAUGUGGGCAUGUGCAAGAGGACACACCAAGUCUGCAGAAAUUCUCUACAACUGGAACAAAGGUCCACUACAUUCAUUUAAUAGAGAGGGUAACCUCCCCUUGCUGGUUGCUAGGCAGCAUGGACAUCACAAACUGGCUGACCAAUUAGAACAAAUUGAUUCAUCACAUGACAAGUCACAUGAUCUGAAUUCAUCAAGAUCACAAGAAUACAUUUCAUCGUCAAGCAUUUAUCAAACCCAGACUUUUGAUAAUUCUCAAAGCAUGAGUAAAAUGUGUUCAAAUUCGGAUUCUGUCUCAAAUAUUCGCUCAACUCCAGAAAAGACUUAUUUUUCUACUGACUUUCCGAUGACAUCUUCAACAACCAUUACAAAGGAGUCAACUGAUUCAGUUUCCCAACACGAGGAACUUCCAGACUCGGACACUGUACUGAAUGCUUUACAUAUUGAUAUACCCUCUAGCCAUCAUGAUAAAAUUGAAAAUGCUCACAAACAAUAUAAACGAGAAAAUCCUUCUCAUAACAAUAAACCAAUGCUAAAAUCAUUGCCGUCAUCGGCAUCAAAAAGUAUAACAUCCACAAUGGCAUCAUUAUCCACAUCUUCACUGUCAACGGCCGAAAAAAGACAAAAGUUGCAAAAACGAUUUUCUGUUGAUGUGAUAUCUAAUCAAACUUUAGAACCGGUACAUUUUUCAACGACCGCAGCAUUCCAGCGUCCGGUUCGGGAGGCUAAUUCGGAGCCUCAACUAGCAGCUAAUAUGGAGCACUUGUUGUACCAGACUAACCCAAUGUUAUCAGAUGGAAGAGAAUCAGAUAAUUUAUCAGAUGGCAGCAAUAAUUCAUUUGUUGAUGUAGAGAGAAUUUCCUCUGAUGAUGAAGAUAUGAGAAGAAAAAUGUUGAGUCAAGAACGCCCGCCUCCUUCGUUGAGCCCUGACUCUACGUGUCUACACAGCCCAUAUAGUCCCUAUACAUUCCACAUGGACUCCCCGCCCCCUACUGCUGCAGAAUUCAUUGAGUACUUCAAUGCCCCCGCUACCUUCAUGGAGAAAGAUUUCUCACAGCUAACACUGUCUGAUCGUGAACAGAGGAAAUUAUACGAGGCAGCUAAAGUUAUACAGAGUGCGUACAGACAGUAUAAAGAUAAACAAUGUAAACAACAAGCUAAAGAAAGAGAGGCAGCUGUUCUUAUACAGAGUUAUUAUAGGAGAUAUAAACAGUAUGCAUACUAUAAGAAGAUGACCCAAGCUGCUGUGUUAAUCCAGAGCCAGUUCCGAAGUUACUAUGCUCAGAAACGGUUCAAGAAGAGUCGCGAUGCUGCUGUAGUUAUACAAAACCAAUACAGAAGUUAUAAAGAACAUGAGAGGUUGAAGAAAGGGGGAAAUAAAUCUGUCACACAAAGAUUCAGGAGUCAUUAUCAACGAAAACCUAUAGGGGCAGGCAAAGGGUCUCGUGUUGUCCAAAUUAUCCCAGAUACUGAAGGCCAGAGACAUUAUUACCUGAAUGCACGCAGACACUCAAAUCCCAUCUACAGGUCCCAAGUAGAAGCAGUAAACACAGCCAUAGACGACUCUCAGCUAGACACAAUUGAGCAGACGGAAAUUAUUGAUGAUAAACAGGAACAAAGGGAAGCAACUCUGGAAGAAAGUAAUCAAGAUGACUAAAUUAUCUGCCACAAAGAGGACAAACAGGAAUAAAGGGAAACAACUCUGUUAGAUAAAAGUUAUCUGCUACAUAUAUGAACAAAGGAAAACAACUCUGUUAGAUAUAAAGUUAAGACUGGCAUAUAUUGAAGAAAGGGAAACAACUAUGUUCGAUAAAAGUCAAGAUUGCACAUAUGAACAAAGGGAUAAAACUCUGUUAGAUAAAAUUUAAGACUCCAUAAUAUGAAUGAAGGGGGACAACUCUGUAAGAUAUUAAUAUAAUACCUGAUAAUUAGCUGAAGAAAAAAAACAAAUAAUCAUCGUAGAGUAGUACAUUUGACUGUACAUUUAACUGUACAUCUGGCUGUACAUUUGACUGUACUUCAGGCUGUAUAUCUGACUGUACAUUUGACUGUACAUGACUCUGAUGUGUAUUAUAUCAAAAACCUUGUUUGAAAACUGAAGACACUGGUUUGAACACAAAUUUUUUAUUUGAAACUUUAACAAACUUUAACCAGGUAUAUCCAUCAUUUAUUUAUCCUCAUACAAAAUUUAUGGUGUAUAAAGUUCUAGAAUUUUUCAGAUUAUUUUUUCUAUAAUUAUAAAUGCAUAUCUUGGCACAUAGUUUCAUAGAAGUGGCAUUGUUUAUUAAGCUAGAGUUAGGCAGUUAAUGUUUUAGUUAUGUUAAAUUGUUGAUAUAGUUAGGCAAUUUGUUAAAUUUCUAUUGUAUAGGGCAAUUUUCUACUUGUACUCUUCUACUUAAUGCUAGGUUACUUAUGUAGACAAUUGGUAAUGUUUUUCUUCAGUGAUAAGUAAAGUUGUGUUCUUGCUCUUUGUUUUCUAUUUAAACAAGCAGCAAGUUUAUAGGAAAAUUGUUAUAAAUUAUUUAUUUAUUUAUAUAUUUACAUAUCAAGAUCAUAAAACAAUACAAAAAUGUCAAUACAUACUACAAUACUACGUUAUAGCUGAUCUUUCUUGUGCUUUUAUUAGAAUGGCAUAAAUUGUACAAGAAUUGAGGACUUACAAUCAACACCGACAUAGUAAUUAAUGAACAGGAGCUUAUUGAUUGCAUUUUCUUGCAAAUCAGACUGGUUAUUCUGUUAGUUUUACCCAUGCUGGACGUUUCUUCUGGGGGUGGGUGGUGGGAAAUAGUGUCACAUGCUCUGAAUGACAUCUUUUCAGUGCAUUUGAAGUAUGAAAUGAUUUCUUAGAUUGACGUCAUUUUGCCAUUAUGAAUGAAGUUGUAAAUUCAUACGCUACUAUAAGAAAAUUGAUCAGGCACUAAUUUCCAUGACAAAUAAACAUAUAUAAGUAAACAAAUUUUAUUAUGAUAGAACAUGCAAGAAAUAUUAUCUAACAUGUGAUUGCAGCUUUGAUCAGAAUAUUCAUCCCUCGGGCACCUGCCCAUCAUGCCCAUGGGAACGUACCAUCGGGAUUAGCAUUCUAAUCUGAACCACAUAAUAUGAACACUAUUUAUAUUAGCAAAGGUUAACAUUUCCUUACCAUGAAAAUAUUUAUUGAAAUGUUGACAUUGAACAAAACAAUACUUACUGGUAGUUACACUUGUAUGCCCAUUAUUUGAAAUUUAUAGCAAAAUUUGUAGUGUUAAUUUUAAACAUGGCCGAGUGGUUAAGGCAUUUGACUAGUAAUCUAUGGAUCUCUAGCUGUCUGAGUUCAAACCCUGUCAGGGGCAAGCUGUUGUUUUCUUGAGCAAGAAACUUUACACUGAUUGCUCUGCACUGGUUGAUUCCCGGAUUAGAUUUAAUGAAAGGGUCUAUAAGCUUACAGCUUCCUACACAAAAUUCUGUAUAAAGCAAAAAAAGGGGAUGGUAAAUGAAACUGGUUAUGAAUCAAGGACCAGGUCAAAUGUAGGUAAUCUAGCAGUCAAUAACCUUGAGCUUUUCUUUUGCAAUACUGAUUAAAUUUAUUUUGAGGGUUUUGAAAGAUUGAAAUAUGUAUUUAAAUUAAAUAAAACAUUCUAAAAAAGUUGAUUUUUUAUACUCAAAAUGUGCACAUAGCGAUCAAAACUCAUGCUUAACUUAGCCAAAAAAUAGAGAUUUUCUAUAUUCAAGCUAAAAAUACAGAUUUUCUAUAUUCAAGCUAAAAAUAGAGAUUUUAUAUAUUCAUGCUAAAAAUAGAGAUUUUCUAUAUUCAAGCUUAAAAAAAAAGAGAUUUUCUAAAUUCAAGCUGAAAAAAGAGAUUUUCUAAAUUCAAGCUAAAAAUAGAGAUUUUCUAUAUUCAAACUAAAAAAUAGAGAUUUUCUAUAUUCAAGCUAAAAAUACAGAUUUUCUAUAUUCAAGCUAAAAAUAGAGAUUUUAUAUAUUCAAGCUAAAAAUAGAGAUUUUCUAUAUUCAAGCUUAAAAAAAAGAAGAGAUUUUCUAAAUUCAAGCUGAAAAAAGAGAUUUUCUAAAUUCAAGCUAAAAAUAGAGAUUUUCUAUAUUCAAACUAAAAAAAGAGAUUUUCUAUAUUCAAGCUAAAGAUAGAGAUUUUCUAAAGUCAAGCUAAAAAUAGAGAUUUUCUAUAUUCAAGCU